AUGGAAAAACCCUUCUUUCGACUUGCAAGUUACUACUGGCUCAACCUUAGUUCCUGCAUUUCCAGCCUUUCGAUGUCCACUAGUGACGCCACUCUACUCAAAGACGCAUGGGUGCAUCCUGGGGUACUUUCUGUACUCACCCUAAUUGGCCCAGACGUUAUCCAGCGUGCUCUCGCACAAUUAUCUGGCCAUCGGUUCACUCCAGUAGCAUUCUCGUUCGGAUGGGUCGCGUACUCGUUCAACAGUUUGGUCCUUGCCGUGGGCAACAAUAAGUUGAUGCCCGAACCCGAUUUCUCCUCUAUAGUGAUCAAUGGUAAAACAGGGUUGUGUCUCUUCAGUUACUCGCGCGACAAUCACAGUUGGAUUCUUGGUCGCAUUCUCAGGGACUUCGAACACUGGAAACCACAGGAGGUUGGAUCACGAUUAGACGAGAUGUUGAAGUCAGCGUCUCAGAAGAGUAACGCAGGCGCUCCUCAAGAUAACAAACCUGUUGUCGCGCCUCGCACCAAGGCCGGACUUUGCGUUUCGAUUUUCCGGGCCGAUCCUAACCGCGCCUCUGGCGUUCCUGCUGCUGAUUGGAUCUACUACAGCGGUGUCGCAACCGCUCUCGUGCAGUUGAUAAUCGCAGCUAUCCCUCUCAUCCUUCAUGACGACUGGGUUGUUCUUUUGACCACCAGCGUGGGCAUUGUUCUUGCGUUUGCCACUGGAUGGCUGCCGCAGUGGGGGAUGGAGAAAUGGGGAUACUCACGAGUUGCGAAGACCGCGAUUCUUACUCGCGGCAACGGUGCACAGCAUGCGAUCGUUAUCAUUGGCGAUAAAAGCUCCCUGGAUCUCGAGGCCCUUGCGUAUCCUUGGUUCUUGAUGCUAGUCGGAGGCAUUGGCAUGAUGCAUAAUGUCAUGGUGGCUGGACUUCCGCGAACACCUGAAGCCUUCGGCGUGCCUUUGGUAUUCGAGGAGUGCAUCCUUGAUCGGAAAGUGAUGCAAACGCUAAUGAAGGUUGAAGAAAGACAUCCUCGUCUCGGCGCGAGUAUGCUUCAGACCUUUUUCCCAGGAAAACUAUAUCCAGAUGAGGAAGCAUUCUGGGAAAGGAAAGCGCAGGAGGCUGAUAAGCAAGAUGCUGCAAAGAAAGCUGCUGUACCCCAAGGACCACCCAUCUUGAGUCCAACCAUCAUAACUUCUAGUUCCGCUAUCGGUUUGGUCUAA